CACACAGAGGAGGGGGGGGGGCAGCAGCCGGCUCUCGAUGGGCAGGUCUCUGUGUGAAGCAGUCUACCUGUUGGAGCUCAUUGCGGGAGACGUGUCGGACUCACGCUGAUCGUGGAUCUGCGGGGAACCCAGUGCACUUACGCGGCAUGAAAAGCGCCACCAUGUCCCCCAGACUGUUCCUCUGCGCGGUGUUGGCUGUGUACCAAGGGACAAGAACCUGCAGUGGAUUUAACAUAGAUGAGCGGUUUCCCGUGAUCAAAGAGGGGAAAACCAAAGGCAGCUUGUUUGGAUUCUCAGUCGCUCUGCACGAACAGCAGGGAGUCCCCAACAAGUACCUGCUUCUUACAGGAGCUCCAAAAGAGAAAUCUAAUAAUUUAAAAGAUGUCAACGAAACAGGUGCCGUCUACUCGUGUCCCAUCACAACAGACGCCACAGACUGCUCCAGAAUGGACCUGGUCAGCACAACAGAUCCAUCAGAGAGGGUGGAGGGCAUGUGGCUGGGGGUGACGGUGGCCAGUCAGAGAGACCAGUUGAAGGGACGCGUGCUGGCGUGCGGGCAUCGCUAUGUGAAGAUCAUCAAAGGCGGAGCAGAGGACCAGUUGAAGAUGAUAGGAAAGUGCUACGUCCGGAGCAACGACCUGACCUAUAACACCAACGAUGAAUGGCAGACCAACACUUAUCAGGUCUGCAACCCCAACAACGAUAUGGAGGUGGAGGGCUUGUGCAACAUGGGCAUCUCAGGGGGCUUCACCGAAAAUGAUGUCUACAUCGGAUCUCCAGGCAGCUACGAAUGGCAAGGGAAUGUUCAUGUAACGACAACGUGGUGGAUUCCUGAACCAGACAAUUUCUGGGACACCAAUACCAAAAACUUUGGUAACAUCAAAAGACGACACAGUUAUAUAGGUUACUCCGUUCUUGAGGAGAAGAAGCUGCUGAGCCAGGGCGAAUACACGGUGGUGACAGGGUCUCCCAGGGACGAGUCCAAGGGCUCUGUGAUGUUCGGGGUAAUGAGAGACAGCGACAUCAAGCCGGGCCUCAUCAUCCUCGGAGAACAAGUGGGCUCGUACUUUGGGAGCAGCAUAGCUGUCACCGACCUCAACAAUGACAACUGGAAUGAUCUGAUUGUGGGCGCACCGUUUUACUUUGACCGCAUGAAGGAUCAGGGAGGAGCAGUGUAUAUCUUCAUGAAUGAGAAUGGAUUGUUCCAAAAGAAAGCCAGCUUGGUGCUGAAGGGUCCGGCGGCCUCUGCUUUCGGCUUUGCAGUGGCUGCCAUUGGCGACAUCAACCAAGACGGAUUCCAAGACUUUGCAGUGGGAGCUCCAUUCCACGAAACAGGAAAGGUCUACAUUUGGAUGGGAAGUAAAAAGGGAAUCUCAGAGGAGCCCAGUCAGGUCAUUGAGGGUAAGUCAGUGGGGUCUGGACGAUUUAACACCUUUGGCUACUCCAUCAACGGAGGUAUCGACAUGGAUGGAAACAGCUAUCCUGAUAUUUUAGUUGGCUCUCUGGACGACAAAGUGGCCCUGCUCAGAGCUCGACCAGUCAUCCACCUAACCAAGAAUUUCACGGUGGAGCCAUAUCUUGUGGACCCAAAUCAGUGUCCUGGAAUUACACCAUGCAUCACAGCGACACUGUGUUUGUCUUUCACUCUAAGCAAUGGAAACAAAGACUUCAAGAAAGAAACCACGGUGAAUUACACAGUGGACGCUGAUAUAGAGAGGAGGAGAAGCUCUCGUGUUCGCUUUGCAGCCAAUAAUGAUGACAAAUACACCGGCACCCUCAGUCUGCCAUCUUCCAAAAAGAAGUGUCUGACUCUGAAACUGAUCGUAGUGUCACCUGUGAGGGACAAACUGGACCCGGUGAUCUUCUCCCUCAGCUUGGCCCUACAAGAACAAAAACCUAAAACCAGACGUGCCCUGCAGAACCUGGACUCAUACCCAAUAAUCAGCCAGGAGCAGAAACUCACUCAAAGAACUGAGAUUCAUUUCCAGAAGGAGUGUGGCUCUGACAACAAAUGCAGCAGUAACCUGCAGCUGACGGCCCAGUUUGGGGACAAAGAUAGAAUACCUUUUCCCAGGGAUGGCAAAUUCCAGAAACUUCAGUUCAACAGCAAUAUGAAGACGAUAAUUCUGAUGGUGAAUGUGACCAACAUUCAUACUAAGGUGAAGCCAGGUGAAGACGCCCACCAAGCCAUGCUCAACAUCUCCAUCCCUGACGCAAUGAGUUACGCCGGCGUCAGGUCGGAGGAUCACGAUGUGGAAUGCAGUUUGGACGCGACAGUGAUGUGUGAGCUGGGGAAUCCACUUAAAGGCAAUGAAAAUGUGACACUUGCCAUCAUCUUUGAGACCUCAGGAUUCAAUUUGUACACAAAAGAGAUUAUGUCUGAGCUGCUUCUGUCCACUCUUAGUGAGCAGAAUGACCUGACCCCUGUGCCUGUGGCCCUGCUGAUCGAACACACCAUUCUCCCCUCCUUUUCCAUAGCAAACCCACUGGUGCAAACACAAUUCAGUGGGACGGUGAUGGGCGAGUCAGCCAUGGCCAACAUGAGUGACGUUGGCAGUCUGGUGGAGUUCACCUUCAAUGUGAACAUGAAUGGACAGCCUCUGGGAGACAUGGGGACCCUGGCUGUGGAGUUUGAAUGGCCCUUUGAGGUAGCCAACGGCAAGUGGCUCCUGUACCUGACCAAGAUUGUGGUAAAAGGGGAAUCGGAGGAGGAAUGUAACCCUGUUGGAGAAGUGGUCAACCUACUAAAUCUAACUUUGGCAGGAAGCAGACAAAAGCGUAUUAAACGACAGAUCGUGGUGGAUGAUGUUAAUGCGGCAAGGCCAUAUAUUAUUGAGCCUCAGGCAGCCAUCACAAUUCUCUCUCCUCGCAAAGAGACCUUCCUGUUGGAAUGCUCGAAGGGGACGGCACGCUGCGUAACGUUUUCCUGUCCGCUGCGCAACAUGACCAACUCAGCCAAGAUUUAUGUCCAGUCCCGGUUGUGGAACAGCACAAUGCUAGAGGACUUUUCUAACGCUCUGAGAAUUAUAGUCAGAGGUCAAGCCACUCUGAAGCUCAUUACAGAUAAACCAACCAUCAGGAUGGACAGACAGCCCACCAUGUUCACAGUAGAAAUCCAGCCUCUGGAGGGGGUGGAGGUGCCCUAUGAGCUCCCGCUGUGGAUCAUCAUCUCUGCGGCUGUAGCAGGAAUUCUACUACUGGGAAUAAUCAUCCUUAUACUAUGGAAGUGUGGCUUCUUCCAGAGGGCCAGCAGGAGGGAGAUGUAUGAGGCCAAAGCCCAGAAGGCUGAGAUGAAGAUCCAGCCCUCUGAGACAGAGAAGCUGACCGAGGACUACUGAGGCCCCCCAUGGGUCCCCCAACAGCACACACCAGUGGGGCUUUUGGCUUGGAUUCUUCAAGCGAGCCAUCUACUACCGGAUAAUGCCAAAGCACCAAGCGGUGAGAAUUCGCAAGGCAGAACGGUAUCAGUUCAAUCUGGGAUUUCAGUUUGAGGAGCCGCAGAAAAAGUAUUGGAUCACCAACUGGACAGAGAUGCAGCAUUACUACUACUGAGGCCUUUACUUUGGGCCCUGAAACUCUCCCAGUUAUACAGGUUUGACACGGGCCAAUCAAAGAACAUUUAGCCCGUUCAAGCCACAUUCAUGGACCAAUCGUGGAUGUUGCAUUCCAUUUUAAUUUUUUUACUUUUGGUAGAUUUCAUCAACUUUCUCAGUGCAAUAUACUGGACAGUUUGUUUCAGACAUUGUAAUUUGUUAAGUAUUUUUUAUGAAUGCAGCGCUGGAAUCGGUGUUGCAUUCAAGAGUAUAUUGUAAAUUGAUUACGGUGUUUGCAUGUAUGUUUCCAUUGUUCUUCUUUCUGAGUCGUCCAAGCAAAGUGGCUUAUCAUUCAUCAUGCUUAUUUCCAACAUCACCAUCAGAGAGUCUAUUGAUGUUCUCUGUGAUAGUGGAUAUUGUUCCUGCUCUGUCCACAGGCAUCACUUUGUGGUCAGCAGUCGUAGGCUAUGUGAGGGUUUUAAAAAUCAGUCAUUAAAGGAGAACUGCACUUAGUAUAUAUUGACCCUUCUGCUACGAAUGUCUUUAUGUGAAUGUCCUCAUCAGUGUAUUUACAGUCAUGUGGAAAUGAUCCCCAAUAAGUGUCCUUAUGCCACGUAGAAAUAGUAUUUCCCUGAUAAAUUCUGAGAGGUACGGAGAAACAAUUGGCACUCCUUUGUGAAUUAUACAUUUUACAGCCCGUGUUUUAAUUAAAUUCCACGUCAAGAUUCAUACAAGCACUCCUGCAACAAGUGGAAAAGCAAUAGCUUCAUGUCUGUAUGUAGAGUUAGCCAACAUGUGUUGAUGAGAUGAUUGGAGCACACUUGAUUAUUUAUUACACUGUCUUGUGUUAUUACAGUAAAGAACCUAUCUUUAAAAAAUAUCACAAACAGGGAGUCAUGACACUGGAUUCAAUAAUAUGUCUGGAGACUGUAAGCGUGGAAAGCUACAUUUUAAAUUGUACAUAGUGACAGGUGACAGUGAAUUGACUAUUUGAAUGAAUGCUCAUGUCAUUGGCCUUUGUUGUUUAAUGUCCCUACGCUUUGUAUUUUUGUAUGAGACAGUAAGUUGACACUUGGAUUGUUUCCAAGCCACUGUGGCCCCCAUUGAGGUCAACCUGCAGCACUGAAAACGGACGGGAUCCGGAAAACAUAGUGAACAGUCUUUGGUGGGACCGAGUGUUGCGUUACCUGAGAGUCACAGGCUGCGGCCGUUACAGAGGCUGCAUUCACUCUGAGAGUAAAGACAGACAGCUGAAACCGAUGCACGAACUCUACUCUCUGUUGUGGUGUUAUUUUUUUACUGUGCAGUUUCAAUGUAAUUAAAUUGUUUUUAACAACC